AUGCAAGAUGGUGCACCGGAUCAGAUAUCUGCCGCAGAUUACGAUCCCAGCCUAGAUCGUCGAGAGGACGAACAAAGGCGAGUCCUUAAAGACGAACCCAUGCAUGUAGAAACUAUUGAGGAAGAAGAAGAGGAGGAAGAAGAAGACGAUGUCGAUGACAUGUUCGCAGCAGCUGUAACCGAGAAGAAGCGAAAGAAAGUCAAGAAAGUUAAAAAAGCAGCACCCGCCCUUAUCACGACGACGUUAGACUCUGCCUCGGAUCAUGAGGGCUAUUACCAAGUUAUCCUUGGUGAGCAACUUGAUGGUGGUCGGUACCAGGUCUUCUCUUCGCUUGGAAAGGGAAUGUUUGCCAAUGUCGUCCGCGCACGCGUCCUUCAAGAUGCUGAAAUCAACAAAGAGGUGGCCAUCAAAAUCAUCAGGAGUCAGGAAUCUAUGCAUCGUGCUGGUCUGAAGGAAGUGCAGAUAUUGAACAAGUUAAAGCAGGCUGACCCGGAAGACAAGAAGCACAUUGUCCGGCUAGAGAGAACUUUUGAACACCGCGGACACCUUUGUCUUGUGUUCGAGUCCAUGAGCAUGAACCUUCGGGAUGUUGUGAAGCGCUUUGGAAAGGAUGUCGGUCUGAAUAUCAAGGCCGUCAGAGCUUAUGCACACCAGCUUUUCCUUGCAUUGAGUCUUCUCAAGAAAGUCAACAUCAUGCAUGCGGACAUCAAGCCUGACAACAUAUUGGUUAAUGAACAGAAGACGUUAUUGAAGCUGUGCGACUUAGGCUCAGCAUCGGAUGCGUCGGAAAAUGACAUCACCCCCUAUCUUGUUAGUCGAUUUUAUCGUGCACCUGAGAUUAUCCUCGGAGUCCCGUAUGAUCCAGCGCUCGAUAUCUGGUCCAUUGGGUGCACACUGUAUGAACUAUACACGGGGAAAAUCCUUUUCCCUGGCCGGUCGAACAAUCAAAUGCUUCUACUCAUGAUGGAGCUCAAGGGAAGGUUCAACACUAAAAUGAUCAAGAAGGCGAAGUUCGGAGAAAUGUAUUUCGAUGAAAUGGGCGGGUUUGAGAGCGUAGAGACGGACCGUGUCACUGGUGCCAAUGUUGUCCGCAAAGUUCACAUCUCCAAACCUGGUCGUGACCUCCGUGCCCGUCUCAUGCCACCUGUAUCAGUCAAGAUGAAGGAUGACGAGAUGAAGUUGCUCACCUCGUUCAUCGAUUUGUUGGACAAGUGCAUGGCACUUGAUCCAGCAAGGCGGAUUACUCCCAAGGAAGCGUUAAUUCAUCCAUUCAUCAGGGGAUAG